AAAUGUUUGAAAAUUUUACUGCUCAACAUCUUUAUAUUCUUGCUUUGUCCUAGUUCAGAUAGGAGGUUAAAGGAAAAGGUGAUGUCAUGCACCAGUGGGUGUGAUUCAAUUCCUGUGAUAAUAGACGUGCGGAUUUAGUCAGUUUGUGAGGGUUCUGAUAGCUACCUGUUGACAACUUAAGCAAAGCGAAAUGAGUGCUGAAAAAUACUACCCUUUUAAGUGUACUCCUACAGUAUUCCCUCAUGACAAUUUUGAUGCUAAUGCAGAUGCUACUGCACUUAAACAAGCAAUGAAAGGUUUUGGAGCUGAUGAACAGGCUAUCAUAGACAUACUUGCUCAUAGAGGGAUUGUGCAAAGAUUAGAGAUAGCAGAAGCCUACAAAACCUUAUAUGGGAAGGAUUUGAUUUCCAACUUAAAAAGUGAACUUGGUGGAAAAUUUGAAGAUGUUAUUGUAGCCCUUAUGACUCCUCUUCCAGCCUUUUAUGCUAAAGAACUUCAUGAUGCUAUGUCAGGAUUCGGUACAGAUGAAGAAGCCUUGAUUGAAAUAUUGUGUACUUUAAGCAAUUAUGGAAUCAGAACUAUUUCUGCUUUUUAUGAACAGUUGUACGGAAAGACAUUGGAAAGUGAUUUGAAAGGUGAUACUUCUGGUCAUUUCAAGCAUCUAUGUGUUUCUCUAUCAAUGGGAAACAGAGAUGAAAACCCAAGUGUAGAUGAAGAGCUAGUUAGGAAGGAUGCUCAGGAUUUAUUUGCCGCAGGAGAGCAGAAGAAGUGGGGCACUGAAGAAUCUGUUUUCAAUUCAAUAUUGGUGACCAGAAGCUAUCAACAUCUAAGGCAAGUGUUUUUUGAAUACGAGAAAUUAACAGGCCACGACAUUGAAGAAGCCAUCAACAAAGAGUUUUCUGGAAAUGUCAAAGAUGGUUUAUUAGCAAUUGUGAAAUGUGUCAAGAGCAAAGUUAGUUUCCUAGCUGAACGUUUAUAUAAAAGCAUGAAGGGGCUUGGUACUAAUGACAAAACUCUCAUCAGGAUUGUGGUUUCAAGAUCUGAAAUAGAUCUUGGAGACAUAAAAAGAACAUUCGAAGAUAAAUAUGGGAAAUCUCUAGAAUCCUGGAUAGCUGAUGAAACAUCGGGGGAUUACAAGAAUGUACUCAUUGGGAUUGUUGGUUAAAUGAAACAAUUUUUUUCAUUACUCAGCACAUAAGAUGACACUUCUGGUGAUUACAAGAAGACUUUGCUAGCUCUGGUGUCGUAGUCCUAAGGUUUUUUUUUUUU